UUUACAGUAUACAACAUAUCAUUUCCCAAUAACAUUGAACUUGAACUGGCAGCCAACUGUGAAAUCUGGAAAAUCAGUGUAUACAGUGUAUGUGUAUGUAUAAUGUCAUCAUCUAUUGUGUUUUUUUAUGUAGCAAGUAGACUUGGUCUGUACGCUGAAGGUGCACUAUCUGUAUCAGGUGAAAACGUAGAGAACAUGUCAAUAGAUCAGCUGGCCAGUAUUAUUAACUCAAUUAGUGUGUUUCACAGAGUAAGCCCAAAGCAUAAAGUAACAAUAGUCAAGGCAUUGCAAAUGAAUAACAGUGUGGUUGGUAUGACUGGUGAUGGUGUAAACGAUGCCGUAGCACUGAAAGCCGCUGAUAUAGGUAUAGCUAUGGGUAAGACAGGUACUGAUGUAUCCAAAGAGGCGGCCGAUAUGAUCCUUGUAGAUGAUGAUUUCUAUACUAUAAUGGCAGCCAUAGAGGAAGGAAAGGCUAUCUUUUAUAAUAUUAAAAACUUUGUCAGAUUUCAGCUGAGCACGAGCAUUGCAGCCUUAACACUGAUUGCCUUAUCAACAUUAUUAAAGUUUCCAAACCCACUUAAUGCUAUGCAAAUAUUAUGGAUUAAUAUUAUCAUGGAUGGCCCUCCAGCACAAAGGUAUACAUAG